AUGGCCUGUCCCAUCAGCGUCAGCAAGUUUGUCGGCACUGUCUCCCUUGGUCUGCUUACCGGCCUCUCCUACUCCACAUCUGCCAUCACAAUCCCGGCCCUUCAGCUUCUGCCAUCAGCGACGACUGCCGCCCGCUCCCUGAAUGAAGUGAAGCGCCUGGGUCGCCGAUAUGCCCUGCGCCUUUCUUUUCUGACCAACACCUGCUUCUGCUUUGCAUGGUGCCUCUCUUCUCCACGCCGCCGACACCCAUACAUGGUCUGGCUGUGCCUAGCCUCCACUGUCGGUGCGCACGGUGUCGACUUCUGGUUCAACCGUCACCUCGGCUUCAAGAACUGGGUAUCCGCUGUGAUCCGCGACGUUUCCCACUUUUCCCUGGCCCGCGAUUCAAACACAAAGAAGGAUGAAGACCUCGUCGUGGUCGAGGCUGAGGAUGAUCUGAACGGGGAGACCGUUCAGCGGGAAAUGGACCGAGAACGCCAGCUGCACCGAGUGCGCGCUUGGUUGUCCGGUAUUGCGCUAUCCAUUGGUAUUGUCGGUCUUUGGGGCGACAAGAGAUAA